AUGUAUGGUCAAUCCACUAUUGAACAAUGUAUCAAAUAUCCCUACAUGAUUGGUUGCUUUGGAUCAAGAAACUAUCCUAAUAUUCAACGUGAUUGCACAACAAAUCCAGCAAAAAAUUAUAUGAAAUUAUUCCAUGCAACUUCAUUCUCAUCAUCAUUAACAGUGACAACACGACGAUCACAUUCACAUGGCAUAGCCUCGAGCCUUCCAAAAUGGCAGCAGUAUUCCUACAGAGAACGCUUCACUACGCAGUGA